UUAAAAGUAAACCUCCAUCGCAUCGAUUUGGUUGAGACAUGCAAUUAAAUUGCUCACUUUUUAAACUGAGAUUAAAUGCGACUGUGGAAUCUUUAUUCCGAUUUUAAUUUAUUUUAACUUUAAACAUUAUUCAAAUAUUAUUUUUUAACCUAAUCGGCAAUUAAAAUUAAAAAAAAAUUAAAUUGAAAUUAAUCUCUAAAACUAACUGGUCUCUACUAAAAAUUAAAAAAGAUAAACUAAAUUACUAGACUGACUCUAAACUAAAGCAUAGCUAACUAACUGCUGCCAUGUUCAAAGUAAAUAACAGCAGCAACCACAAUGGUGGUGGAGCUUUGGUGGUAAGCAGCUUGAAGCAGAAGAUGCAGACACUGAGAGAAGAGCUGGAGAGGUACAAGGAUCUGUACGACGACAAAUGCAGAGAAGUCAAUAGGGAAAGAAGUUUAAGGAAUGACGCGGAAAGUCAAGUGAUGGCACUGACAAGACGCGUUGAACUCUUGGAAGACGAGAGAGAUGAGAUGGACAGGCGCUACAGUUCGGUGCUCAACAAACUAAACGACGCCUCGAAGGUCGUCGACGAGUUCGAAAGGUUGAAGAUAUCAAACGAAUGCUUCAAAAAUUUGGAUGAUGAAAAAAUUUCCUCACUAGAGGAUCAAAUUAGAACUCUUCGACUUGCUGCAGACACUGCUGAAAAAAAAUAUGACGAGGCUGUAAGGCACCUUCACAUGCUGGAGUUGGAACUUGGCAAGUCCGAAGAGAGAUGCGAAUUGGCUGAGAGCAAGGCCAGGCAGCUGGACAACAAUCUGCACAUAUUAACAUCGAACCUAAGAUCACUCGAGAUUAGUGAACAGACUUGGCGGAUCUGGGGCGAGGGUCUUGCGUUGUGGUGGGUAGUAUUUUUCAGAAAACUAGCAAGCAAGGAGGACAGUUACACGUCAACGAUUGCAGACCUGAGGAGGAGUCUGAAGGAGUCAGAAAUGUGCAUUGAUGUUUUGAAGCGGGAACUGAAAUCAAAGCAACAAGAAUUGGAUAAGUCGGAAGGUAAGUUGGUGAAGGAAUGA